AUGCUCGACGACAAAGUCGUCACGCACCACGCUAACACUAACGACGCCAAAAAAGUUGUUCGAAGCGGCCCGAUGAGUGCGACCAGUUUGACUAAAUUAAAAAACUCUUAUAGUUAUGAGCGGAAUUACUUGAAUGUACCGCAUAUCCACAAUGAUGUCGCUGAAUCAAUGCCGCCUCUCUGUGGCAUCGUUGAAUAUUAA